GUUAUGAGUUCUUUUAACAAAUGGAAGAAUAUUUUCUUAUCAUAAUCAAAUAUAAUUGAUUAUAUAAAAGUAUUUCUAGAAAUUAUUACCAAAGCUUUAAUAUAACGACGAUAUAUUCUGUCGAUACAUCGAUGCACAUCGAUGUUUCCUGAUCGAAACUUAGUAACUCCUUUUCUAACCUAUAAUCUGAAUUUUACUAAAUCAACUUCGUAGGAACUUAUGUAUUUUUCGCAUUUCAAUAUCGCAGACAAAUUUUUUGGAAUUUCAUUUUGUGAAAGAUUUUUCUUAAUGGAAUAUCAUAGUUUUCAGAUUUAAAGAACCAAAAUGACAAUAAAAAACGAAGCAAAGAAAACUAUAAAAUUCUCUUCUCAAUAAGUGGAUGUAAAAUUCUAAAAACUAAAGAAGCUAUGAACAGUAUAUCUGGACAGUUUCGCAAAACAAUAUGGGAUCCCAUUCUGAUAAUAUCACAAAUAAUAGCAGUCCAAACUGUCAUGUACUUCUGCCUGGGUUUAUGGAUUUGGAUCAUUGCUUCGUUACUGGGAUCAACCAAAUCCUUGGAUUAUGCGUUUCAUUAUAAGGAAAUACAUGUUCGGGACUUUGCCGGACAACUUACUAUAAUUGUCUUUAUUAUAAAUGCCUUAAUUGGCGCGUUUGCUCUGUGGUGGUUGGUGCAAAGGACAAAACAGUGUAUGGAUUUUGCAUGUACGGCUCAUUUGAUACAUUUGUUGUGCUGUUGGAUGUACAACACAAGUUUCCCUUCUACCUUCAGCUGGUGGUGCUUGAAUAUUGUGUCUUUGAGUAUAAUGUGCGUCUGUGGAGAAUUCCUCUGCAUGAAAACUGAAUUACAAGCUAUACCAUUGGGUAUGAACAGUCAUAAAACAGCUUUGUAAUAGAAAAAUCAAAAUUAAAUUAAAUUAUCACAAUAUUAUUUUGGAAGAAUUUCGAUAUUUGUGAAAUUAUAAUGCUAUUUUGAUUAGGAAUGCUGUCUAAAAUAAUUUGAAAUUAUCAAAUCAUAGAGGAAUUCGUAUUUCACUGUUUAAAACUGGUGGCAAAGCUAUUAAUAUUACAAAUUUAACUUACAUUUUCACAAAAUGGAAAAAGUGAUCUUUAAAUUGAAAUUACAGUUACAAUAUUAUUUACUAAUGGCAGAAUCCUAAUAUUUGUGAAAUUGUAACAUUACGAUGAUUAAGAAUCCUAUAAAGUAAUUUGUAAUUACCAAAUUGUCGAAUAGUACUAUGUUUUACACUGUAAUGUGAUUAAUUAAUUAAUAAG